UUCUCCGCCGUCUUCGUCAACCAUCAGUUGGGAAAACAGUUUUUUGCUUGCUUAAUUACCCCUAUUAAUAGUACUAAAUAUUUAUUUAUUUAUAAUGCUUGCCAAUUAAUUUUUCUUCUUCCAUUUCCCUUUAAUUUUAUCAUUUUUUACCUUUAUUUUCCUUAAAAAUAAUAAGAAAACCCCCCAAAUUCUCAAAAAUUAAAAAAUUAAUUUUCUUCAAAAAAUGAUGCUCUCGGAUGCCAAUUUCUUCGAUUUAAAAGAGGAACAAGUUAAAUUAUUUAAACAAAUUUAUGGGCAAGAUCAAAGACCAAAUACCCCAAUUUUACAACAAUUGGUGGAGGCGACAGGGUUAAAUAUUCGAAUUGUUCGCGCCUGGUUUCAAAAUGAACGGAGGAAGGACAGAAAGUUGAUGGAGGAACGGCGACGACAAGAAAAGGAGAGGAAAAGACAACAGAAAAAGCUCUCCUCUCAGAAAACUCCAAAAGAGGAUUCUUCAAGUUCUGAUUUAACAGAAUCUGACAGUACCAUCACUUCGGGUGAUUGUUCCAGCAGUUCUUCAAAUUCUUCAGAGGAUAGUAGCGAUGCCGACGACAACAAAAACAUUAAAAAUCCUAGCGCAACAACCGAACAAGUUAAGCUCGUUGAGAAAAGUGUUUGUAGCACUAGCCAACAACAACAAACAUCCAAACAAAACCCUCAACAAUACAAAAAGAAUAGUAGAGGGUGUAUGUAUUGGUAG